CUCACUCACACGAGAAAUAAAAAGGGCCCCUCUCUCUCUUUCUGUGGGGUCAAUCGAAUUCCACCACCCUCUCAAAGCCCUAAUUUCCCUCUCUCUCUUUCUCUCUCUCUGAGUGCCCAAACCCUAAAACCACCACCACAACCACCCAUGGGCUCGGAGAUGGCCCUUGCCCCCCUACGCAACCACGAAGACCCGACCCAUAUUCCCACCGCCCUAGAAACGGCGUCGUCCCAUCAGCACUCCCAGCAAUCCAUACAAUCUCUACAGCCCAAGACACAUAACCAGCUCUCUCAGACCCGAAAGUCCGCGUCUUCCAGGGACCGCCACACCAAAGUCAACGGCCGGGGACGGCGAGCGCUGGUGUCGUCGGCUCAUCAGGCUCACCCGAAUCAGCCGCAUCAGCCGCAUCAGCAGCCGAGCAUUCGGCUGGACUUAUGCCAGCCGGCGGGGUUGGACUACACCGAGUACCGGCAGCACAUGCCGUUCACGUCGUUGCUGCUGCAUCCGGCGGAGAAUGAGGAGGAGGAUGGGCAGCAGGAGGAGGCUUUGUGUCUUGGGGAUGGAUAGAUAAAGAAAAUGAGUGGGGUGUGUGUGUAUAUCAAAGUAGAUAAAGCAAAUAGGAAGCAAGCAAUAGAGGGUGGGGUUGGUUGGGUACAAAAGGUGUAAGGUAUGUGAGUGUUGUGUGUGUUUUGGGGUUUUAAGUUAAGAAGAAGAGAAGAGAGAAUAGGUUUUGGGUAGUUUAGACAAAGGCCCUGCCUUUCUUUAAAAUAUGAUGUUGUUCAUCAAUGGUUUCUUCUGUGUAGUAAGUAGCAAGCAGUCUUGGUCUAGAAUGGGGGAGGAAAGAUUGGGGCUUUAGAGUUUGGCUCUUUAAUCU